UGGACGCGUGAGUUUCUGUAGUCGAGACAGCGCCCUCACUGUACCGCACAAGUCAGCGCUCGCUGUGAAUCAGUCUCAGAUAACUCACACUGAAUCACCCGAGUCACUGCUCACGUUUGGACGUUCAUAUAGCACUAUUUAUUCAUUCUGAAUCGUCGUUUAAAACAAAAUUUAAUAUAAACAAAGGAAAACAGCCAGCGUUGUUGUGGAUUAAAUCUUAAACAGAUCUGUAAGAUCCUCUGUAAGCUAGUCUCAGUCAAGCGAACUACUUACACCAUCAUAUAGCUGAACUUUAGCUUGACAUGUCAUUGCUCUGAAAGUCGUCUGCAGCGGAAGGAUAUCAGACUAGAGCAGCCAUUUUGAACAUGCUGUUAUCACCCAGACAGGACACCUUCUGUACUUUCAACAACAACGCCAUUAACCACCCCCACUACCUGCCCCCUGGCCAAAACAUGGACAGAAACAGCUUAGCCUAUCAAAUCUCUGGUCAGCUCCUGACCAACGCCAGCAAGUGCUACUCGCCCCGCCCCGUCCAGAAAUCCAAAAUCCCACCUCAUAUCACCAUUUGCCCACCUGACUCCGCGGAAGGACACAGCGGCUCGGCCUAUCUGGACGAUGAUGAGCUUGACAAUGAUGUGUUCCGGGCAUCUGGGACUACUUCUCCGACUCACUCGUCGUCUGCUGGCUCAGAUGAGAAGCACGAAGUGCAUUCUGGGAGAUUGUACUUAGUGCGACACACCGGAAGCACCUCAUCCCCGUCCUCUCCUUCAAUGUCGCCGUCAAGGUCACCAUCCAAAUCGGGACCUAUCUCGUUUCCGUUCCGAUCUUCCUCAUCACCCCCCACCUCCUGUAACUCUCCAAACUCCUCCCCCAGCCGGAAGACGCCCGUGUUCGUCAGGGUGUACCGCUGCAACAAUGACCACUUCGCCAUCGUCUCCCGCGACUGCCUCUACACCAGCAAGCCCGUGUACAUCAACAUGCGCCACUGCAGAGUCAUCCCCGGCGACUGCCUGGGGCGCUUUAUCGUGGCGGGCAAGUGCGACUCUGGCACCGUCAUCGAGUUCGAAACCCUGGACCUCUCCUCCCUGGAGCAGUGGCUGGACGCCUUCCAGACCCUCACGCCCCCUGCCUCUCCCAACCGCUCAGCGGGAGGAGGCUCUGCAGGCAGUGUCGGAAGCUCCACAAACAGUCCGUCAAUUCCUAGGAGCCCAGCGUUGCCCACGCUGAAUGAAACGGACGAAGAAGAUUGACGUGCCUCCCUAAUCCCCAUACUCUUAUUUUAAAAACAUAAAUUGUUAAAUGUACUGUUUUCAAGUUGAGCUUUGUCACUAGCCUGACCCGCGGAGAUUGCCUUGGCAAGAUCGAAAAAGCGAAAGCUACUUCAGCGUUCUAAGUCCUGUGUGAAAUCAUUUAUUUUUUUUCAACGUGGCAGACUGUGUGUUGUGUCAUUGAAAGUCUUCAGUGAAAUCUCAACACACACACACUAAUACACGCAGACGACAUUUAUUGUCAUGUGUUUUAUUGCAAGCCAAUUCCAGCUGACGUCCUUUGCAAGCCUGUUGUCUAGGCAUGUAGGUGGCUCUGACAGCCUGUGAGAUGUCUAGUAAGAAGUACAACAAACAAUUCUGUCGUCUGCUGCAUAGUUCUUGUUGAAAUGAAGAAAUGUCGAGAUGAAUUAAUUCCCUUACAUCGGUUGGGUACAUUUCUGGCUUUCCAUUUCAACAAAUAAAACUAACAAAACGACUAUAUUGGCGGCUUAUCGAGCUCCACCAUUUGGCUGCUGUUGAAACGUGAUUCAUUUGGUGGCAAAAGUGAAAAGCCGCCAUGUUUGUAUCGGCCGCGUUGGUUGACAUUAGGCCUACACUUAUAAGACUUGUAACAUAAAAAAAAAAUUGUUCAUUCCCGUGAUGAUUUCUUGUGAUCUUGUAAUCCUUACACAUCAAUUGAUGACGUCAUCGAGUUGUUUACUGUAACCAUGUGAACAAACAUAUUUGUUGAUGUUAUCUGGUGAUCAUUUAUUGUGAUUCUUAAUUUAUUAAUAUUUAUGUACAUAUUAAACAAGCGUUUUUUAGUGUUUAUUUCUUUUAAAACUGUGUUAAGCUUUGAUGUAACGAGAAAUGUAACUCUUGUAGGUUGAGAGAAUGAUCUAAAGCUAGUCUAUCGAGAUCUAUGUCACAGAUUUGGAUGGAUGUCUGGUUGACUGCUUUGUUUGUCACGCUUUCGUACCCUAUAAUCUUGCUGGAGGUUUGAAUAACAUAAUACAAAUCACCAUUUCUGUAGAAACUUGUAUCAAGUUCUAUGUUACACGGUUUGACAACACAUUUUGUUCUGUGUAUUUCUAUUUAUGUAAUCAAAGUUUUUUUAAUUUAUAUGACGUCACCGUGUUAAAUAUAAUCGGUAUUGUGAACAUUUAUUACAGAUCUAUGAUACUGACAAUAACUCGAUCUUGUGUCAGGGAUAUUGUUCAAUUAUCGUCAGCUAAAUAUAUUGCAUUUCAACUGAAAGGGGAGAGUACGAGAGAUAGAUAGCUACUAUAAUCUAGAGUUACUUUCAACACUUAGAUAAAAUAUCAAGUCUAUUUGUUACUUUUUCUUCAUCAGUUUUUUAUUUAUUUUUUUGUCUGAUUUUUUGUUUAAAAUGUCAACAUUGUUAAACGGUCGGAAUCGAAUGUGAGAUUGUAUUAUUAUGUUGCCAUGGUAAUAAACAUUGUUGUGGCCAGUCAGUGACGCAAGUCGGGCUGGGUUUCGUAUUGUGUUUCACAUUUUUACAUCAAGAAAAGAAAAAAAUACAAAAACAAGCCAAACAGAAAUAAUAAAUUAAAAUAUUUGUUUGAAUAGAAUU